UGACAUCCUUGUCGUAAUAUCCUGCCCCACGUUGAGCCCCGCUCAAGACGUCUGCCCAUGGAUGUCUACCUGACCACCUGCUUAACAUAACAAAGAGGAUCCGAUGUGUCUACUUUGUGUUUGACAGCUAUUCAUUCCACCCGUUUACCGCAGGGUCCUAGUACCCCCAAAACUUCAAUCGGAAAGACUGCCUGCAUUUAACCGAUCCUGUAUUCUGUCUCUCUUCAAACCAGCCUUCCUCUCCUCCCCUUUACUUCCCUCUCUUCUCCUCAACUGUCUGUUUCAUCAUGGCCUUCUCAUCUCGUUUCUCAUUUUGGGAGAAAAAGGUGAAAGAUGAAAAUGUCCCAGGUGCAAAAAACUCGAAUUCAGACAGUGAGAACAGUAUGAGCCAGUCUCAGACAGAAGUAAGUGGCUCAACUGAGCGACGCCAGGGUGAACCAACAACAGCGGUGAAUCCAGAGCGGCCACUGACUGUAGACCAGAGAUGCAGCGACUCCAGGAAUGGACGACAUGGCAGCGUUGAGUCUGACACAUCGGCGAGGAGAGGACUGAACCUGGCGCACAAAGCGAGGUCAGAAGAAAAGCCUUCGAUAGCCACUUCGGUCCCCAAAACAAGCCGUCCACCGCAAGCUGGCAGCUCUGCGGAUGGAGAUGCCCUCUCUUUUGGGUUGACCAGCCUAAUGGGCCGUGCAAGGACUAAAGAGCAUCGCUCUCGCUUGAGAGCUGCCGAACGCAAAGAACCUCAAGAGGAAAGCAAAGAAAGGAUUGGUGAAAGUGAGACCUUCUCAGAAGAACCCCAACCAUCCACCCCUGCAAUCAGUCCACCUCCUAGACUUGACCCUCUUGCCCCUCCUGUUGGCUUUUUACCUUCUAAGCCAAAUCCUCUUACUCCUCCUGCUGGAUUCCUUCCAGUCACCAAGCCUGAUCCAUUGGCUCCACCUGCUGGUUUCAUUCCAGCUCUUAAACCAAAUCCUUCUGCUCAACCUACACCCAAGACUGAUCCUCUGGCACCACCGGCGGGAUUCAUACCAGCUCCUAAACCAAACCCUUCCACUCAACUUACACCCAAACCUGAUCCUCUGGCACCACCAGUUGGAUUUGUUCCCACCCCAAAGCGAGACCCUUUUGCCCCGGUGGCAGGAUUUAUCCCCAAGCCCAAAGUUGACCCAUUAGCACCCCCUGCAGGCUUUAUUCCUGUGCCAAGGUCCAUUGCUGUACAAAAGCCAGAGGUGAAGGAGGUGUCAAAACCUUCUGCAGCUCCUGCUGGAAAACUUCCAUCCCAGAUUUCCACUAUCGCCAACCAACAGGGAUCUCCAAUGAUGCCCACCCAAGGGAAUCAGGCCAAGGCUGAAGAUCCUGUGGCUAUCCUGCAGGCUGCACAUGAAGCUGCCUGUCUGUCUAAGGUGAAGACGGAGGAGCAGCUUGCUGCAGAGAAGGCCUGGUAUAACACUGAGAAAGUCUGGCUUGUCCAUAAAGAUGGCUUCUCUUUGGCUACACAGCUCAAGACAGAGAUGGGUUCUCUCCCAGAGGGGAAAGUUAAGGUCAGACUUGAACAUGAUGGGACAGUACUGGAAGUGGACGAGGAUGAUGUGGAGAAGGCAAAUCCUCUAUCAUAUGAUCGAGUGGAGGAUCUCUCCUCUCUUCUGUACCUCAAUGAGUCCAGCAUCCUUCACAGCCUUCGUCAGCGCUAUGGUGGAAACCUCAUUCACACCUACGCUGGGCCAAAUCUUCUGGUGAUCAAUCCUCUCAGCACCCCUGCCUUGUACUCAGAGAAGGUGAUGCAGAUGUUUAAAGGCUGCCGGAGGGAGGAAACUGCCCCUCACAUUUUCGCUGUUGCUCAGUCGGCAUAUCAUCAGCUGCUGACCACACGUCAGGAUCAGACCAUCGUGCUGCUGGGCAAGAGUGGCAGCGGAAAGACCACUAACUGCCAGCACCUGCUGCAGUACCUCGUCACCAUCGCAGCUGGCAGUGGAAAGGUGUACUCAGCUGAGAAAUGGCAGGCAGUCUACACGGUUCUGGAGGCUUUUGGGAACUGCAGUACAGCUAUGAAUGUGAACGCCAGUCGCUUCUCACACAUAGUCUCUCUUGACUUCGACCAGGCAGGACAGGUGGCCUCUGCCUCUGUUCAGACCAUGUUGCUGGAGAAGUUCAGAGUGACCAGACGACCAGAAGCAGAAUCAAGCUUCAAUGUGUUUUACUAUCUGAUGGCUGGAGCAGAUGCAGCUCUAAAGACUGAACUUCAUUUUAAUCACUUUGCUGAGAACAGCACAUUCGGGCUCCUCCCUCUCUUGAAGCCCGAGGACAAGCAGAAAGCCGCUCAGCAGUACACUAAGCUACAGGCUGCCAUGAAGGUCCUGGGCAUCUCUGUUGAAGAACAGAAAACCGUGUGGCUGAUCUUAGGGGCCAUAUACCACCUCGGUGCUGCUGGGGCCACCAAAGCGGGCCGGAAGCAGUUUGCCAGGCAUGAGUGGGCACAAAAAGCAGCGUAUCUCCUGGGCUGCACACUGGAAGAGCUGUCGUCCGGCAUCUUUAAAACGCAGGGCAAGGGCACUCUUCCCCGCUCCUCAAGUGUCCGGCAGAGUACGGAUGAUACAGAUAGCUCAGCAUCUAAAGCCACAGCAGCUGAAUGUUUGGAGUUCAUGGCAUCUGGUUUAUACUCUGAGCUUUUCACACUCAUCAUCUCUCUCAUUAACAGAGCGCUGAAGUCCAGUCAGCAUUCUCUCUGUUCUCUGCUGAUUGUGGACACACCAGGGUUCCAGAACCCUCGUCAGGUGAAGAACCAGCGCGGGGCCACGUUUGAGGAGCUUUGCCAUAAUUAUGCUCAGGAACGUCUGCAGACGCUGUUCCAGGAGCGAACGUUCGUACGGGAAUUGGAGCGUUACAAAGAGGAAAACAUUGAGAUCACAUUGGAUGACCUGGAGCCCAGCCCUUCUCGCUCAGUAGCUGUGGUUGAUCAGUCCUCCAGUCAGACCCUGGUACGUAGUCUGUCCCGGACAGAUGAGGCCAGAGGUCUGUUCUGGCUGAUGGAGGAGGAGGUUUUGCAGCCGGGAGGGUCAGCGGAAACACUCCUACAGCGACUCUUCAGUUACUACGGCCCUGCAGAGGGAGAGAGCACAGGUCACACACAUAUACAUGCACUAACACACAAACUCGCACACCUACAUUCUGCCCUAGACAGAUAUAUGCAUUGCUUUUCUGCAGGUCACACAGUGGUGCUUAAAAGUGAAAACACACAUCACUUCCUGCUCGGCCACAGUCACGGGACAGAUUGGGUGGAAUAUGAUACGCACGGAUGGCUGAACCUUGCCAGGCUAAAUCCCACCCCCCAGAACGCAGCCAAUCUGCUGCAGAACUCCCAGAAGAAGAGCAUCAGCGGGAUGUUUGUGGGCCGCUCCAGCAGUGCUGCGGUUUUGACUGGCUCCAUCGCUGGACUGGAGGGCGUCUCUCAGCUUGCCAUGCGUCGGGCCACCAGCAUGAGGAAGACCUUCACCACAGGCAUGGCAGCCGUCAAAAAGAAGUCUCUCUGUCUUCAGAUUAAACUCCAAGUGGAUGCACUGUUGGACACCGUGCGCAGAUCCAGGGUUCACUUUGUCCACUGUCUAUUACCCCGAGCGGAGCUUCUGAGGGCAGCAGGGUCUCCAGAGGAGAGCUGUGACCCUGGACUCAUGCAGAUAGAUGUGGCUUUGCUCAGGGCCCAGAUCCGUGGCUUCAAGCUGCUGGACAGCUUGAGGAUUUACAGACAAGGUUACCCUGACCACAUGGUCUUCUCCGAGUUCAGAAGACGCUUUGACGUUUUGGCCCCUCACUUGACUAAGAAACUGGGACGAAACUACAUUGUGAAGGAUGAGAAACGAGCAGUAGAGGAGCUUUUGGAGUCUUUGGAAUUGGAGAAGAGCAGCUAUCACAUGGGCCUGAGCAGGGUGUUCUUUAGGGCUGGAACAGUGGCUAAACUAGAGGGACAGAGGGAUGAACACACCAGACAGAACAUCACGCUGUUCCAGGCCGCCUGCAGGGGCUUUUUGUCUCGGCAGGCCUUCAAAAAGAGGAAGAUCCAGGAUAUGGCCAUCCGUUGUGUCCAGAAGAACAUCACGAAGAAUCGUGGUGUGAAGGGCUGGCCCUGGUGGAAGCUCUUCACCACCGUACGACCUCUAGUAGAGGUUCAGCUCACUGAAGAACAGAUUCGAGGAAAAGACGAGGAGAUCAUUCAUCUGAAGUUGAAGCUGGAGAAGGUGGAGAAGGAAAGAAAUGAGCUACGGCUGACCUCGGAUCGUCUGGAGAGCAAAAUCACAGAGCUGACGGCAGAGCUUUCAGAUGAGAGAAACUCUGCGGAGUCGACGUCCCAGCUGCUGGAGACGGAAACAAGCGAGAGAUUGCGUUUGGAGAAGGACAUGAAGGACAUGCAGGUGAAGUUUGACGCUGUGAAGAAACAGAUGGAGUCCAUGGAGAUGGAAAUCAUGGAGGCCAGACUCCUCCAAGCAUCAGAACUCAACGGCGAGAUGGACAAUGAUGGCGAUGAUUCUGGAGGUGAAUGGAGGCUGAAAUAUGAACGUGCCAUCAGAGACACAGAAUUCACAAAGAAAAAACUCCAGCAGGAGAUGGAUGACAAGGUGGAGACAGAACAACAGAACAAGAGACACUUGGAGAGAAAAUUAACGGACUUGCAGGCUGACCACGAGGAGUCCCAGCGAUCAGUCCAGCAGCUGAAGAAGAAAUGCCAGCGGCUGGCAGCUGAACUGCAAGACACCAAACUGCACUUGGAAAAUCAAGAGGGACGCAACCAUGAGCUGGAGAGAAAGCAGAGGAAGUUUGAUGUGGAGAAGAACCAGUUUCACGAGGAACUACAGAAGGAGAGGAACCAGCGGGAGAAACUGGGCCGAGAGAGAGAUAUGCUAACUGGCGAGGUGUUUACAAUCAGACAGCAGCUACAGGAGAAGGACACAGAGCUGUGUACGGUCAGUCUGAAAGUAGAGCAGCUGGAAUCCGAGCUCCAGGAUCUCUCCUCUCAGGAGUCAAAAGACGAGGCAUCACUCGCAAAGGUUAAGAAGCAACUGCGUGAUCUGGAAGCAAAGGUCAAAGAUCAAGAGGAGGAGCUUGAUGAACAGGCUGGAACCAUUCAGAUGCUGGAACAGGCUAAACUCCGUUUGGAAAUGGAGAUGGAGAGAUUGAGACAAACACAUUCUAAAGAGCUGGACAGUAAAGAUGAGGAAGUGGAGGACAUCAGACUGUCCUGCAGUAAGAAGCUGAAGCAAAUGGAAGUGCAGUUAGAGGAGGAAUAUGAAGAUAAACAGAGAGUUCUAAAGGAAAAGAGAGACCUGGAGUCCAAACUGAUGAUAGCACAGGAACAGGUUGGUCAGAGGGAUGUAGAGACAGAGAAACGUCUCAGGAAGGACCUAAAGCGCACAAAAGUUCUUCUGGCUGAUGCGCAGAUGAUGCUGGACCACCUAAAAAGUAAUGUGCCCAGCAAAAGAGAGAUCGGCGCACUCAAAAAUAAGUUGGAGGAGUCAGAGUUUGCCUGCACAGCCUCAGUUAAAGCACGCAAGUCUAUGGAGCUGGAAAUUGAAGACCUUCAUAUCCAGAUGGACGACAUCACCAAAGCUAAGAUGGCUUUGGAGGAGCAGAUAAGUCGUCUGCAGAGAGAGAAGAACAACCUGCAGUCUCGCUUUGAGGAGGAUCAGGAGGACAUGAAUGAACUCAUGAAGAAACACAAAGCUGCUGUGGCUCAGUCCACAAGGGAUCUGGCACAGAUCAGUGACCUACAGGCCCAGGUGGAGGAGGCCAUGAAAGAAAAACAAGAGAUCCAGGACAAGCUCCACUCCCUGCAGUCACAACUUGAAUUUCAGGAACAGUCUAUGGUGGAGAAAUCACUGGUCAGCCGUCAGGAAGCCAAAAUCCGUGAACUAGAGACCAAACUAGAAUAUGAGAGGACCCAGACCAAACGUCUGGAGUCUCUUGUAACACGGCUGAAGGAAAACCUGGAGAAGAUGACUGAGGAACGAGACCAGCGUAUUGGUAGCGAAAACCGGGAGAAGGAUCAGAACAAGCGCAUGCAACGACAGAUCCGGGACAUAAAGGAGGAGAUGACUGAACUGUCUAAGAAAGAGGCAGAAGCCAGUCGCAAAAAACAUGAGCUGGAAAUGGAUAUUGAAAGUCUGGAAGCAGCCAAUCAGAGCUUACAAGCAGAUUUGAAGUUGGCCUUUAAGCGGAUUGGGGACCUGCAGGCUGCUAUGGAAGAUGAAAUGGAGACAGAUGAUGAUGAUGACCUCAUCAACAGUUUACAAGACAUGGUGACAAAGUAUCAGAAAAGAAAGAACAAAACUGGAGAUGAAUCAGAUAUGGACUCUGAGGUGGAGGACCGCGUGGAUGGGGUGAAGUCAUUGCUUUCAAAGAGCAAAGGAUCCGCCAAGACACUCUCUGAUGAGGGCACCCAGAAGACCACCAGACAUACCAAUGCUGCUAAUGCAGAUGUGAAAGAUAUAAAAGAAGGGAAAGAGGGAAAAGAGGGGAAGGAGGAAGUAAAAAAAGAUUCAGACGAGAGCCGUUCAGUGUCUGUGAUGAGCUCGCUCAGCUACAGGAAACGCUCCCACCAGAAGGACUGGAACGGACGUGCAGGGGAUGACAGCUCUCUCUUCAGCGCCCUUCGGGAGCAGCCGGACAUGCCUGACCGAUUGUCGUUGCGCAAAGCUAAAAGCAAACCCACAGACAGGCCUCAGACUGGUGAUGACCUGGAUGACCGGGGUUCAGUGAUAUCCCAGGCUUACUCUGAGGCUGCCAGUAGGGCCAGGAAAGGUCUAGAUCGUCGCUGGACCAAAAGCAGUCCAGAAUUUGACAAAGAGUCCAUGGUGUCCUCGGUUGCCCCGAGCCGAGCUUCCACACGCCAUGGGAUAGACCAAGAUGACGAUGCUCUGUCUGGUGUGAGCAGCUUCAGCUUGCGCCGUAGUACUUCUUGGAUGGAUGACAGCCGCAGUGAUUACGGGCCGACAAGUACCAGUAUGAGUCAACGAUCUAGAAGCCGAAGUCCUGGAAGCACCAGCGUCGGCUCACGAAUUUCCCUGGCCCGCAGCACCCGACUUAGCGAGUUUGGAGUUCGUUUGAAUAAUGAUGAUGUUGAUGACGAUGAUGAUGUUGACUCUGUGAGUGUGGCCGCAUAUAGUCCACGCUCAGUGGGCCGUAGUCUGUCCACUCCUGCCCAGCUACGCUCCUCUGAGACCCAGCUGGACACUUCUGACAUUAAACCUGUGAGCCACCGCAACUACCUGGACCCCGAGCUAGAAAAGGCCAUCAAUGAAGUCCUGAGCUUCAAGCCAAUUAAAUUCAAACGCUGCAGCUUAGAAGACUCAGAUGAAGAAGAGGAGGGAGGUGGUGGUGCGGGAGAGGAAGAAAAUAGGAAGAGUAUCAAGAGUUUGUUGCAAGACAAGGACGAUGAAGGUCUGGGCCUCAGCGGGUCCAGUCUGAGACGCUCGGCUUCAGGUUCUGCUGUAGAUUCUGGACGUUCUGGAAGCUCGCUGAGUUCCUUCAGCUCCAAGAGCAGCAAGAAGAAGAACAAGAAGAAGAGCAGGCGCUCUGAGUCUGACAGCUCCUCCAAUGAGGGUCAUACUCGGCGGCAUUCCAGACAGAAAGAAAAGAGAAGAUCCAAAAGCUCAAGAAAGAAAGAAUCUGAAUCGUCCAAGUCUGAAUCUGACUCUGAAUCAUCAUCUUCAAGCUCUGCAUCAACAGUUUCAUACCGCAGCUCAAACAGCGUGAAGAGAACCCCAAGACAGAAAGACUCAGAUGGGGAUCCGGAAAGUCCUGAUGAAGAACGACCCCCAGGCAAAAAAGGGAUAAAGAAACAGAAGAAGAAAGUGGACAGUUUGGUUAUGAAGUAUCUCUACAAGCCUGACAGUGAUUAACAGCCCCCCACUCUAUAGACCACACUCAGUGCAACAUGAUGAAGACAACACUGGACCGGAGAAAGACACUACACAAACUGAAAGUACUAUCCUUAAAGACAGCAAUGGUGACGGUCAACCUUCGGAAAGCGCUGCGUAGA